UAAGUACUAAGGAUCGAGAGCUAACUAAAAUAUAUGGCGAUAUCCCGCGAACAGCCUUUGCUUCUUCUCAUUGUAUCACUCUUUCUUUUACCUGCUGCUUUGGGCGCAACCAAAUUCCAAACCUGCAACACCGGUCAUCGCUAUCCCGUUGAUGUCAAGACUGUGAAGAUCUCCCCAGAGCGUGUUAAACCUAGCACCAAUGCAAACGUUACGAUAACCGGUUCUACAAGCAUAGACAUCCCUGAUGGAGCAACAGUAAAACUCCGCCUUACUGUAGGCAUGUAUCCUGUCUCUACAAAAAGCUACUCCCUCUGUGAUAUAACGGCGUGCCCUGUUGCACCUGGCCCCAUUGUGCUUAAUUUUUCUAAUGUAUUCACUAAGAAAGAACUAUCAGCAUACGCAUAUUAUAUUGUAAUAGACAUCGCAGCGGAUCCCGAGAGAGAGUCAAUGAUGUGCGUCUGGUUCGCUUGUGGGAUUAGUCAUAGGUCUCUGCAUAGUCAAGCUACCAAUUGAGAUUAUGUUCCAAGUCUUUUAUGUGUCUGAUCUCUCGUUACUCUUGUAUGCAUGGCAAUCCUAAUGUUU